GAAAGAAGUCGCGCAGGUUCCCCAACCACAAUGCUAUUUGAAUCCUAGAGCGCCCCUGUUCAUCUGCAGCAAAAAGAGAAGAAAUCGAGAGUGUGUGCAUGAGAGUGAGGAGGGGGAGAAAACCCUACCUACUCAUUCAGCGAGCGAGAGAGGGAGCGAUAGAUAGCUACAGGGGGAGAACGAGAGAGAGCGACCGGAGGACGAAACUGGGCUGGGGAAUAAAAGAAUUGUUGGACUUGAAAGAAAAGAGAGUUCUGCGUUAUUCUCUGAAUAACCGCAACUGCAUUUUAGAACAGUCCUUAUUGCGUGAAAUAAAAAUGUCAUCGCCGGGUAAAGACAACAGCGGUGCUCAACAUGCCAAUUACGUGGGACCGUAUCGCUUGGAAAAGACGCUCGGCAAAGGACAGACAGGCCUGGUAAAACUGGGAGUCCACUGUGUCACCUGUCAGAAAGUUGCCAUAAAAAUCGUCAACAGAGAGAAGCUCAGUGAAUCUGUGUUAAUGAAGGUGGAGCGAGAGAUAGCCAUUCUGAAGUUGAUAGAGCACCCUCACGUCCUAAAGUUGCACGACGUCUAUGAAAAUAAGAAAUAUUUGUAUUUGGUUCUAGAACAUGUGUCUGGGGGAGAGCUUUUUGACUACCUCGUGAAAAAGGGGCGGUUAACACCGAAGGAGGCUCGGAAGUUCUUUCGACAGAUCAUCUCUGCCCUGGACUUCUGCCACAGCCACUCAAUAUGCCACAGAGACCUGAAGCCAGAGAACCUGUUGCUAGAUGAGAAGAAUAACAUCAGGAUAGCAGACUUUGGCAUGGCCUCUCUACAGGUCGGGGACAACCUCCUGGAGACCAGCUGUGGGUCACCUCACUACGCCUGUCCAGAGGUCAUUCGGGGGGAGAAAUAUGAUGGGAGGAAAGCGGACGUGUGGAGCUGUGGGGUCAUUCUCUUUGCACUUUUAGUGGGAGCACUGCCAUUCGAUGACGACAACUUGAGGAACCUUCUGGAGAAAGUGAAGCUGGGAGUGUUUCACAUGCCACACUUUAUCCCGCCAGACUGUCAAAACCUGCUCCGGGGAAUGAUCGAGGUGGACGCCACCAAGCGACUCACGUUAGAGCAGAUCCAGAAACACACGUGGUACAUAGGGGGCAAGAAUGAGCCUGAACCAGAGCAGCCUGUUCCCCGGAAGGUGUCGAUCCGCACCCUGCCCUCAGCCGAGGACAUUGACCCCGACGUGCUGGAGAGCAUGCACUCCCUAGGCUGUUUCAGAGACAAAAACAAACUGAUGAAGGAUCUUCUGUCAGAGGAUGAUAAUCAGGAGAAGAUGAUCUACUUCCUUCUGUUGGACCGCAAGGAGAGGUAUCCCAGUCAAGAAGACCAGAACCUCCCACCUCGGAAUGAAAUUGACCCCCCCAGGAAGCGUGUGGACUCACCCAUGCUGAACAGGCACGGCAAGCGGAGACCAGAGCGCAAGUCCAUGGAGGUGCUUAGUGUGACGGAUGGCGGGUCGCCAGUACCAGCACGACGGGCCAUCGACAUGGUGCAGCAUGGACAGAGGUCGCGUUCCAUCAGCGGUGCUUCCUCCGGCCUUUCUACCAGCCCUCUCAGCAGUCCCCGGCCUGCCAGAAAGUUUUUUGUUCCCCCCCAGUCUCCAGACCUCCCCCUGUCACCCAACUCUAGCCCCACCCAUUCCCCAGAGCCCCAUCCCAAUAGGACAGGAGCAAUCACCCCCAACUCCUUUCAGCCAAAGACAGGGGCCUUACAGGCCAGUCCAAAGACGCAGACCCUCCCAGCCAAGUCCAAAGUGUCUGAAAAGCCCCUUCAGACCACCCGGUCCAACCCGCUGCCCAGCACAGCUGCCAACCCCUCCACCACCAAAUCAGAGCCCUCCCCGCCCAGCCAGCAGAACCCCCCCUCUGUCCCCAACAGCCCCCAGGUACGGCGGCCACCUCGCACGGCCCCCACACAGCUAUCUGUGCCCUUCACUCAGGUUGUACCCCUGUCCCCCAUCCGGUUGCACCACUUCCACCCGGUGCCCGGCACUGACCAAAACACCAAAUCUAUCCCCAUCAUACAGGUGACCCCCCACCCCUCCCCUAGGGGGAGCCCUCUCCCCACCCCAAAAGGAACACCAGUGCACACACCCAAGGAGAGCCCAGCGGGCACCCCAAACCCCACGCCACCCCCCAGCCCUUCUAUCGGGGGCAUGCCCUGGAGGACACGCCUCAACUCCAUCAAGAACAGCUUCCUGGGAUCACCACGUUUCCACCGCAGGAAACUGCAAGUUCCCACACAAGAGGAGAUGUCCAGUCUCACCCCAGAGUCUUCCCCUGAACUUGCCAAAAAAUCCUGGUUUGGUAAUUUUAUCAACUUGGAGAAAGAGGAACAAAUCUUUGUGGUCAUCAAGGACAAGCCACUGAGUUCCAUUAAAGCAGACAUUGUGCACGCCUUUCUUUCAAUCCCGAGCCUCAGCCACAGUGUGAUCUCACAGACGAGUUUCCGGGCUGAGUACAAGUCCACCGCUGGGCCCACAGUGUUUCAGAAGCCCGUCAAGUUCCAAGUGGACAUCACCUACACUGAGAGCACUGCCGCACAAAAAGAGAAUGGCAUAUACUCGGUCACCUUCACACUUCUUUCAGGACCUAGCCGACGCUUUAAGCGGGUGGUGGAGACAAUUCAGGCACAGUUGUUAAGCACACAUGACCAGCCCGGAGUCCAGCAGCUCUCUGGCAUCAUCCAGAAAACUUAUUAAACCCUGCCUCCUGCUCCCUGUCCUGCCCCCCACUACGCACUACGAGAUGGACAUUUGUUGACAGAGGGCACUUUUCGAGGCAAGUGUGCAAGUUACCAAGGAAACGGACCCUUCAUCCUCAUGCAUAACCCCACCUCCAACCCCUUCAUGCCCCUAACACUGUUCCCUGAAAAGGUGCCCCUUCCUCACCCAGUCUCCUCACCAUUUUCAACGGAAGGAGGACACACUGUAGAGACGAACCUGUGGAACCAGAGAAAAGCCUUAAGAAACAUGUCCAUUACAUGCACAGACUCUCUCUCUCUCUCUCUCUCUUUCUCACACACACACACACACACACACACACACACAC